UCAAGCCCACCAGUCACACAGUCUGCAGAAAACGCACAGUCUCCAUGAGCCCGAACGGUAGUGUCCACUUCAUCCCCUGCCAGCAGAGAUAUGAAAACUUCUCUUCCUGGCCUAGAUCUCCCAUGAUGCAGUUUGCUGUCCACUCCAGGAAUGGCACUUACAUCGUCUCUGACAAUCAGGGCCAAGCCACCACUGGAGGUAUGUCAGGAUAUCAGAUGUCCUCUCCUGCAUCUGGUCUUUCCCAGGUCAUGGACAGCUCACCCGACUCUCUGCCCAGCCCUCAGCUUCUGGCAGAGGAGGCAUCACGCAAGAGGGAACUCCGACUGAUGAAGAACAGGGAAGCUGCCCGGGAAUGCCGGCGGAAGAAGAAAGAAUAUGUCAAAUGUCUCGAAAACCGAGUUGCCGUGCUUGAAAAACAAAACAAGACGCUCAUCGAAGAACUCAAGGCUCUUAAAGACAUAUACUGUAGCAAAACUGAGUAACCAAACACUAAAGACUGGUCCGUUUACAAAGCAAACACGCUUUUCGCGCAAUGUCUAGCCUAAUUUCGUAACAAUCGGAUAAGCUGACAUCUGCAUGGUUGUGUUGUCUCGUGUGCGAAAGAUGGUGACGUGUGAUUGUGUGUGCGCUGGAGGCCUGAGUCAGUGUGAUGUGUUGCCCCUGUUGCUUGUGCUUUUUGCAGGACGGCGGCCAAACAGUAUAGAAGCAGGAAGAGAGACUAUGUGCUGAGUUUAGAGACACGCAUCACCGUGAUUGAGAACGAGAACCAGAAACUU